GUCACUGAACGGUGCGUCCCGUGUACGGACUAGUAAAGCCCUGUGCUGCCCGGAUCUGUGUGUAUCUCUCCUGCUGCUGUGGGUGGCUAUGUGGUAUCUGCUCCAGUUGUGACCUGCAACGGAUCAGCUCCUGCAGCAUCUCCUGGGAUAAGCAGCUGCCUGCCAGAUGCCUUAUGACAAGAUGCCAGUGAUAUUUUCACUAAAGAUUGGACUUCUUUUUAUUUUUUGUUUAGUAGGAGAAUGUGUAGGACAAUGUGAGGAAGCUAUAAAGAUUUCUGAGAUGGAUGUGAGUGUAAAAUACAAUUUAAGGAGCUUCACAUCGGAUACCCCAAUACAGAACAUUUUGCUUUACAAUGGAUAUGUGUAUGUGGGUGCAGUCAACAAGAUUUAUGUCCUGAAUGACAAUCUAACUAAGUUGUCAGAGUAUAAAACUGGACCUGUUUUGAAAAACUCAAAUUGUUUACCAUGUAACAAUUGCUUUGAAAAUGGGCAUUCAUCAGGAAAUAAAACUUGGGAGGACAAUGUAAACAUGGCUCUUCUUGUAGAUACCUAUUAUGAUGACCAGCUUAUUAGCUGCGGAAGUGUACAUAGAGGAACAUGUCAGCGGCAUGUACUAUAUCAGGAAGCACCGUGGGAUAUCACAAGUGAUGUUCAUUGUCUAUUUUCUUCCCAAGCUGGUGAAGAAACUGAUAAAUGUCCCGACUGUGUUGUUAGUGCUUCAGGAAGCAAAAUUCUUGUAGCAGAAAAGGACAGAUUUGUAACAUUUUUUGUAGGCAACACCAUUCUGGAAUCCAACUCUGUUCAACAUUCCAUGUCAGUUCGAAGACUAAAAGAAACACAAGACGGUUUUGAGUUUUUCACUGAUAAUUCCUACUUGGAUGUACUUCCCCAAUUCCGAGACUCUUACCCUAUAAAAUAUAUUUAUACCUUUGAAAGUCAUGACUUUGUGUACUUUUUGACAGUACAGCGAGAAUCAUUUGACUCUCAAACUUUUCACACUAGAAUAGUCAGGUUCUGCUCUACAGACUCUCAGUUGCGUUCCUAUAUGGAGAUGCCACUGGAAUGUAUUUUUACAGAAAGACGGAGAAGAAGAUCCACUAGAAAAGAAAUUUUCAAUAUUUUACAAGCUGCCUUCAUAGCUAAGUCAGGCAGUGCCUUGGCCAAAGAGAUGGGGUUUGCUUCUGAAGAUGAUAUUCUGUAUGCUGUAUUUGCUCAAAGCAAACCAGACUCGUCUGAAGCUACCAACAGGUCAGCUGUCUGUGCUGUAUCUGUAGCGACCAUUAAUGAGUUCUUCAAGCACAAUGUUGACAAUGGUAACACAGAAUGCCUGGAGCAUUUUAGCAGAAAAGACCAUCGAUGCAUUAACAAGACAUUGUUAAGAAAUGCAUCACAGUGCUUAUCGCCAAUUGAUGAAUAUCGAAUACAAGGGACCACACCAUUACAACGCCUUGACUUGUUUAUGGGUCAGUUUAACAAUGUCCUGCUGACAUCAAUUUCCGUAUUCACAGAAGGGUCUCUCACAAUUGCCAAUCUGGGAACAGCUGAUGGUCGUUUCAUGCAGGUUGUGAUCUCUCGCACUGGUCAAACAAAACCUUAUGUUAAUUUCCUUCUUGAAGCAAGUCCAGUUUCUCCAGCAGUGGUGAUCAAUGAAGUGUCGAAGGAGGGUGGAUACACUUUAGUUAACACAGGAAUGCAGAUCACCAAGAUUCCAUUGCUGGGCCCUGGUUGCGACCAUUUUAAAACCUGCAGUCAAUGUUUUUCGGGACCUUCUUUUAUGAACUGCGGUUGGUGUAAAAAUCGCUGUUCCAGAAAACAUGAAUGUUUAACAGAGGAGUGGACACAAGAAUCCUGUCCACCAGUGAUUUACAAGAUAUUCCCAACUUCUGCUCCAUUGGAUGGUGGCACUCAGUUAACAAUAUGUGGAUGGGAUUUUCUUAUGGACAAAAAUGCUUUAAAAAAUACGGAGAUCAACAUUGGCGAGAAACGUUGCAAAAUUGAAGUAAAGUACAGUAAUCAGAACAAGUUGGUGUGUAAAACGGAGCCUGCUUCCAGCCCCAAGCUUAAUAUAAGCAGCAGUUUGUCAAAUGGAAAACAGACAAUCCAAUUUAGGACUUUCUCUUAUGUGAAUCCUGUAAUAACAAGCAUCUCUCCAAGUUAUGGACCAAAGUCAGGGAGAACGCUGCUUACACUGAAAGGGCAUUAUUUAAAUAGCGGGAAAAGCAGGAAUGUUUCCAUCAAUAAUAAACCAUGUUCAAUCAAAAGUGUGUCCAGUACCGUUAUAGAGUGUUAUACUCCUGGAAGCAGCAAUAUUGGAGCAUAUCCUAUUAUUCUGACAAUUGACAAAGCCGUGCGAGAAGCUGGUGGUAAAUUUACAUACAAGGAAGAUCCGUUUGUUGAAAGAAUUGAUCCAGCAAAAUCUUUCCUCAGUGGUGGGAGUUCCAUUACUGCUCAUGGAGUCAACCUGAAUUCAGUGUCUUCACCUCAAAUGGUAAUUCGACUGUCCAAACCACAAAGGAACUACACUAUGUCCUGUACCAGUCGUUCUUCUUCUGAGUUAAUUUGCUGCUCAACUCCUUCGCUGAAAGAUUUAUUACUGGAUCCACCAAUUGUUACCCAAGUUUCAUUUACUCUUGAUGGUAUCACCUCUGACACCUUUGAUUUCACUUACGUAAAUAAUCCAGUGUUUGAGAAUUUUGAAGAAAAUUUAGUGAUUUCUAUAGGAAACAAAAACACCAUUGAAAUUAAGGGAGACCAUAUUGAUACUGAAGCGGUUAGAGGUGAGGUACUAAAAAUUGGCAACAAGAGUUGUGAAAUUAUUCAUUCCAAAUCAGAUUCGGUCUCCUGCACUGUUCCAACUGACCUGUUCAAACACAACAGUGAACUGAAAGUAGAGUUUAUGCAAGGAAUCUCCUCUGUCGUUAUUGGAAAAGUGAUGGUUCAGAAAAACCGCAAUUAUACCGGAAUUAUCACUGGCGGUGUGUCUUGUGUGAUCCUGCUUGCAAUAUUGCUUGGGAUUUUUGUUUGGAUAAAAAAGAAAAAAAGACUGGAAGGUAUAGGUAGUGAUAUGGUUCUGUAUGAUGGAAGAGGGAACACCCCUCACCUGGACAGGCUUGUAAGUGCCCGGAGCAUCAGCCCUACAACAGAAAUGGUAUCAAGUGAAUCUGUUGACUACCGCACUACGUUCCAGGAAGAUCAGUUUCCAAAUUCAUCACAAAAUGGGUCAUGCCGGCCAGCUCAGCACGUUCAUCGAGAUCUCUCUCCCAUAUUGUCAAGUGGAGAUUCUGAAGUAGCCAGUCCCCUUCUGCAGUCGUAUGUGCAUAUUGACAUAAGUGCUUUAAACGCAGACCUUGUGAAGGAAGUGGAGCACGUAGUUAUUAAAGCCGACAGCCUUCUCGUGCACUUUAAUAAAAUCAUAGGGAGAGGACAUUUUGGGUGUGUCUAUCAUGGGACUCUUCUGGAUACUGGAGGGAAGAAAGUUCAUUGUGCUGUGAAAUCUCUUAACAGGAUUACAGAUAUUGAAGAAGUAUCACAGUUUCUGAAAGAAGGAAUAAUCAUGAAAGAUUUUAGCCAUACAAAUGUCCUUUCUCUGUUGGGUAUCUGCCUUCCAGCUGAAGGCUCACCUUUGGUUGUGUUACCUUUUAUGAAACAUGGUGAUCUAAGAAACUUCAUAAGGAAUGAAACUCAUAAUCCAACUGUAAAAGAUCUCAUAGGGUUUGGUCUGCAGGUUGCUAAAGGAAUGGAAUACCUUGCAAGCAAAAAGUUUGUGCAUAGAGAUCUGGCAGCACGGAAUUGCAUGUUGGAUGAGACCUUUACAGUGAAGGUUGCAGACUUUGGUCUUGCAAGAGAUGUGUAUGACAAGGAGUAUUACAGUGUUCACAACAAAACAGGAGCUAAGCUGCCAGUGAAAUGGAUGGCUCUGGAAAGCUUACAAACACAGAAGUUCACCACAAAAUCAGAUGUGUGGUCAUUUGGAAUACUAUUGUGGGAGCUUAUGACAAGAGGAGCGCCCCCUUAUCCUGAUGUUAAUUCAUUCGAUAUUACUAUUUAUUUACUGCAAGGACGGAGACUGUUGCAGCCAGAGUACUGUCCUAAUGCACUGUUUGAUGUAAUGCUGAAAUGCUGGCACCCAAAACCAGAGCUUCGUCCAACAUUUUCUGAACUGGUAUCAAGAAUUUCUUCAAUUUUCUCCACUUUUAUAGGGGAGCACUAUGUGCUAGUUAACACUACGUAUGUAAACAUAAAAUGUGCUGCUCCUUACCCCUCUCUUCUGUCGCCAGACAAUAAAAUGGAUACCAGCAUGGACACGUGACCAAACUUCAAUAUUGACUCAGUUGCUAGUUUUGUUUUUCAAGUGUGAUGUCAACAUUUUCUUCUGUGUAUUAUGGCAGCAAUGCUGAAUAAUGUUUUUUGUUUUGUUUUUUUGCACUAUGAGGAGAAGUUUGUAUAAUGUUGCAUCAUGCUAGAAAUCACUCUAGAGAAGACGGUACAUGAUAAAUAUGGACUAAAAUCUUUCUUAAAUCUCCAGAAAGUGGAAAUAACAUAAAACGUAUCUACCCUGGGAUUUUUUUUUAAAUUUCUGCACAAUACUAAAGCAUUGUUUUUGCUCCACUGAAGUGGGAGACAGCGAUAUAUUGACGAUUGUCUGCUAGAGAAAGCUGCAACACAUUGUGCUGAAGCCAUUUCUGGCAGCUAUGUAUUUAAAUCACAUUAUUGUCAGAUUUAUUUCACAAGUUGUCAGAACUACUGUGAGGUCUCUGCCUGCUGCAAUCCUUCCUAUGUUAUCUGCACUUUUUUAUUUUGGCACAAUUAGCCAAUUAGUAAUCAAGAAAAUGACCAGUUAUUUAUACGCCUGUAAUUUUCCAGUAUGAACUCUUGGGUGUAUCGUCUGUUAGAAGUUACUAUGUCAAUAUACACUGGCAACACUUGGAUAUUUUUGAAACUUUAAAACUGAAAUUAAUAAAUACAUUGACCAUCAAGUAGCACACAGCUAUGCUGUGACCAGUGUUCUCUCUAAGACCAGUUUUGUGAGUGGCCCAGCAGUGAAAAAGAGCAAUUAGCAAACACUACACAAUGCAGACUGCAAGGUGUGGUUCCCUUAAUAACUAACUGUUUCACUGCUGGGCCGCUCACAAAACUGACCUUAGAGGGAACACUGGUUGUGACCCCUGAUAGUUAUGCAGGUGGUAGAUUUACUUUUAUACAGGUUAAAGGAAAUAAUUUUUUUAGGCUACAAACAAUUUGUUGCUCACUGCUAGUUGAAAACUAAUUUGAACCUUGUUGUGAGAAGAUUUUUGCCACCAGGUGAUGUUGUUAAGUUCACACUGCAGUUCGUACCCAAAUUCAUAUUCUCUUUGCAGUGGGAUUGCAAGUGUUUAUGCAGGGUGUGAAUACAUUGCAUGUGUAAUAAAUAUAUUGUAUUCAUGGAGUAAUAAACACAUUACCUAUAAUUUACAGUCUAGUUAUAAACUUAACCAGUAGCAACAUUAACACAUCUCCAUAUACUUUAAUGGAGAUUUAUGUUGUUACAACCAGUUUAUAAAGUUUACAACUGGUAUGUAAACUAGGCCGUGUGCUUAUGCUUGGUUUCUGUACACACUGCAUAUGUUAUGGUAAUGGUGGAAGUUGGUAUGCAUUUUACUGCAUACAUGCUUUUAUCGUAGCUCCAUAUGUUUAGUGGUAAGUGUGAUCUUUUUGUGGGUUACCAGUCCUUUACUUAGUAAACUGACAUACCUUUGUAACAAUGCAAUAUAGUCCCAUCUAAUUUCUUGCAUUAAGGGAGCGAGUUUACUAUGGUAUCUAACCACCUGCACUUCAUGGUGACCUUCAAUUUUACAACAUGUUAGAAUAUUACCCAUAAUCCUUUUGUUGAUUUCAGAGUACCAUAGUUCAGUUCCAUUCAGGAGGCCAAUUUGGCAUACAACAUAGUGGUAAAAAAAGAAGAGAGGGUUCAUGGGACAUGGGCUUUGUGGUUUUCAGAUAGUAGAAUGUAAUAUCUCUGAUAGCCACCUUUGACUACCUCUGUCCUGCAUUAUUUUUCCAGAGAUAUUGGGCUUUGAACCUGAAAUAUCAGGCUUGUGGAACAGCAUUGUUUACAUCUGAGCCAAGGCAUCCACAUUUUCAGCUUCCCUGGAUAUAAAGUACAGUGACAUAAUAAUUAGCACUUUCUAUUCUUACAUAUUCUUUUAGAUCACUAUCCGGCGAGAAUCCAUUGUAGAGUUUUAGUAAUGUGAACACUAUUGCAAUGCAGUGGUUUACUAAGUGAGUUCAUACAGUAGCUAGAAAUAAAAAACAUUUGUUCCUGUGGAAUUAUUUUGCUUAAUGCUGUACAGUUUUUUUUUCUGGUGUAGGUUAUAACUGGAAUUGUUGAUUUAAAGUAAGAUGUGUAAAGUUUUAUAUUUUUCUAAAUAAAUGUUUAUUUUUAAUGCUAUGUACAAUGUUACUUUAAUUGUUGAAUUGUAAAAAAAAAUUGGAAUUGUGACAUUUUAAUUUUUGUAAAUGUGAUUAAAGUUUAAAUAAUGUUCUUAAUAUUGAA